ACGUCUGUGUGCACCUUCGUGUUUGAUGCCUUCUUCUCACCUUAAUUCCAUUAAAUUCAAUUUUGUUUGGAAAUCCAUUCCCCCACUUCCAUUUCUUUGAAUCCUCAAGCUUUCUGUGAAUCAAUCGCCAUGUCGUUUGAGGAGGACGAAGAGACCUUCGAGCACACUCUCCUUGUUGUUCGUGAGGUUUCCGUCUACAAAAUCCCUCCUCGAACCACAUCCGGCGGCUGCAAAUGCGGCGAGUGGCUACAAUCCGACAAGAUCUGGUCCGGCCGCCUUCGUGUUGUGUCGUGUAAGGACCGAUGUGAGAUCCGGUUGGAAGAUCCGAACUCCGGUGAGCUUUUUGCUGCUUGUUUUGUUAAUCCGGGUCAGAGGGAGAACUCCGUUGAGGCCGUUCUUGACUCCUCGCGAUACUUCGUUUUGAAGAUCGAGGAUGGCCAGGGUAAGCACGCUUUUGUAGGUUUAGGUUUCGCUGAACGAAAUGAAGCUUUUGAUUUUAAUGUGGCACUGUCCGAUCAUGAGAAGUAUGUCAGGAGGGAUCAUGAGAAGGACCCGACUGGUGGCGGCGAUGUCAAUGAAGAGAGCCACAUUGAUAUCCAUCCUGCUGUGAAUCACAGAUUGAAGGAAGGUGAAACAAUUCGGAUCAAUGUGAAGCAUAAACCAUCUAGUGGAACUGGUAUGCUAUCAGCUGCUGGCUUGUCAGGGUCUGGUACUGGAAAGCCAAAAACUCUGAGCCUUGCUCCACCACCAACUGGAGCUAGGAAAAUCAGUUCUCCUCUUCCACCCCCUCCAAAUGAUCCAGCUGCGCGGAAAUUAUCUGCCAGCACGUGUCGGGAUGUCGGUCGUGAAGGAAAAAGAGACAAUGUAAGCACUGCGAGCAAUCCUUUAUCAGAUCUUUCCCAACUUGAGAGAAAUCUUCCUUCGGCGCCGAGUUCGACAACAGCAGCAGCAUCAGGAUGGGCGGCAUUCUGAUCAAAGUAAGCUGGUGUUUGUUAUUUAAAACAAAAAGUCUUAGUUUUAUGUAAUCUUCAUUUUUUGUUCCUCUUGAGGGUGAAAUGAGAGGGGAGGAGGAAUGAGAUGGAAGGGAAGCUAUAAGUGAUAAUACCAUAUUGGAAAAUAAUCUUGGAAUACUUAUGUAUACUUCUCCACUUAUUUUCCCUAUCUAUCUUGAGUUGUCUCUUUAGCCCU